GAUUCGAACUCUCCGCUUUCCUCAAUCGACCCUUUUUCCUCCUUCCCGCUGUUUGCUCACCUUCCCCUUUCUCCCUCUCUCUCCUUCCUUGUCCUUUUCAAUUUCAAUCUCUCCCUCUAUUACUCUCAGUUUGCUCUAACUCCUCUCUGAAAAUCGCGCCUCCCUACCUUUUUCCAUCUUUCUCUCCAGAAAAGAAAAGGAAAGCUGGCGCUGAUGGGGAAUUCGAGCGAAGAUCCGAGCCGCUCAUACCAUCCUUCGCAAUUUCAGUUUCAGCUGCUCCAUUCUCAUUCGCAGUCUCUAAGCAUCGAAAGCAAUCAAAAUCAGAACCAGCCGUUGUCGUAUGGCAAACGAAUGUUCCUUGCUUCUUUAGGGAGGCCGCCUUUGCUCUUCUCCUCUUUUGAUCAAACCAAUGCUCGUCUCGACCACGUGCCUUCUGCUUUUCCUACUCCCCCUACUAAAGAAAGAGAGAGUGAUGAGGCUCAGACGAGUGGAAGAUCAGACGUCCCUGGACAUGGCAAAGUUGUUAACCGUCCUUUGCUUGAACCCGAGCGUACCAAAGGUGGUAAGCAAAAUAGCAAAGCAAAGGCUAAGAAGAAUGCCAAGUCUGGAACUCAGAAACAAAAUGCUGAUUCUCCCAAUGGACUGAAUGCAGCUGGUAACUGUCGAUAUGACAGUUCUUUAGGCUUGUUAACAAAGAAGUUUGUGAACUUGAUCAUGGAGGCCAAGGAUGGCACCCUUGAUCUGAACCGUACUGCAGAAGUGUUGGAGGUUCAGAAGAGAAGGAUAUAUGAUAUUACAAAUGUUCUUGAAGGAAUUGGAUUGAUAGAGAAAACUUCAAAGAACCACAUACGUUGGAAGGGAUCUGAUGAUAUGGGGUCAAAGGUGUUGGAUGAUCAAGUUACCAGGUUAAAGGCUGAGAUGCAAAGUUUAUAUGCUGAAGAACAGAAGCUUGAUGAGUACAUAAGGGAGAAGCAAGAGAGUCUGAGGUCUCUAGAUGAAGAUGCAAAUUAUCAAAAGUAUCUUUUUUUGACAGAGGAAGAUAUAAUGAGUCUUCCGUGCUUCCAGAAUCAAACAGUUUUCGCAAUUAAAGCUCCAGAAAAUACCUAUAUUGAAGUUCCUGAUCCUGAUGAGGAGAUUGGUUUUCCACAAAAACCAAUACAAAGGCAGUAUAAAAUGAUUAUCAGAAGUCAUAUGGGACCAAUUGAUUUGUACCUCCUGAGCAAAUAUGAAGGUCAAGUUGAGGAUACAACAGUCAAGCAGGCCAAAUCAGUGGACGCAUCUAGUAGUUAUGGGCUGUUGUGUGGAGUGGAAUGUCCGGAGCUCUCUUCAGAAGAGAAAGCUAGUCACAACAAUUCUUCUAAAACAGUGAAUUUGGUUUGCCCUGAAGCGUAUGGGAUUCAGAAAUUAAUUCCUACAGUCAGUGAACAGGCUGAUGAUGAUUACUGGUUCCUAUCAGACCCGGGAGUCAGCAUCACAGACUUGUGGGACACGUAGGAGUUAGGAGCUUUUAAUUUUUCUCAAUUUACAAGAUUUUUUUUUUCUGGAGUCUGGCUGGUGCAAUCAGAAUGGUUUGAAGGUCUAUCUGACUGGAAAACCAGUGGAUGCUAAUCUAUACUCCUCUCUAACAUAACAGAAAAGGAGACUCGACUGCAGUAGGAGAUCGAUCACUCUCAAGAUGAAUGCACCAACAAUGGUGCCGCAUUAGUUUACCUAUUAGCACCACUUUGGGAUACUGGCCCAAAUGUAAAUGAGAGGCAGUUAGCUUAACAUUGAACAUGACAUUACUGACAUUGUUUCUUGACCACAGUUCUAGGUGUAAAUUUCAUAGCUACAACUUACUCCAAUGAAACUGAUGAUUCUUGAGCCAAUGAGGUCUCAUGUAAUCUUCUGCUGCAUCCAAGCAUAUACAGCCAGGAUCAAUUUCUUAAUGAGAUAUGAUAGAAUAUUUCUAUUUUUGGAAUAACAGUUUAUACUUUGUAUUAUAUUAUUUAUCUCA